GGUAGUUGUUAAUGUAUAUAGCAAGUUGGACGGGUUCUCGACACUGCGUCGCAGGGGUCCGUUGCCUGUAGCAACCACAACACCCUCCCUCACCAGUUCUCCCCCACACCAUGUCAUAACACGUGAGAUGACGUGUCGAGAGAGAACUUUAGAGUACCGCAGUAUUGUCCAGGCGCGACAGUCGCGCAUAGCUGGAGCCUACGUUAAGCAGAACAAUGCGGUGGUUGCAGCGCCUCCCACUCGGAGUCAGUUUAAUAAAGUAGCAGGGACUAUUGGUCGUAACAUUGCUAAUACGUGUGAAAAGCUGGAGAAGCUAGCCAUGUUGGUCAGUAAUAAGUCACUGUUUGAGGACCGGAGCACGGAGAUAAACCAACUUACUGAGAUUAUCAACGAGGAUUUGUCAGGAUUGGACAGGAUGAUCAGUGAGUUACAAGCGUUUUCUAAGAACAGUGCAGUGCAAGUUAACCUACAGGUCUCUCAACAUUCUAACUCUGUUGUAGUUUCGUUGCAGAGUCAGCUGGCUCAUAUAACCAUGGACUUUAAGGAGGUGUUGGUUAGUCGGACUGAGAGCAUUAAGGAACAGAAACAGAGGAGAGAUCAGUUCAGUUCGGGUUCGAUAUCGAGCGCGUACCCAGGAGAUGGGUUCCCAGAACAGAGUCUGUUGCUCCAAUCAGAGCAGGGCAAUAGCUCACGUGACACCAUGUUAGAUUUUAGUGGUAUGGAUCAGAAUCAGCAGCUAUCUCUUAUUGAUAAUCAGGACACUUAUCUUCAGGAACGAGAAAGGAACAUUAAGACGAUUUACAGUAAAAUAGAGGAACUUGGUUCGAUGAUGGGCAGACUCUCGCAGAUGAUCGCUAAUCAGGGCGAGACGAUAUCACUGCUGGAUACCAACGUGACAGACAUCCAAACGAACGUGGAUGCGGCCCACUCGGAACUCCUCAAAUAUUUCCAAAGUAUCUCUUCAAACAGAUGGCUUAUGUUCAAAGUUUUUGGGAUCCUGAUUGUCUUUUUCAUUAUCUUUGUUGUCUUCAUGGCGUAAAUUGGAGAUUGUAUCGCUAUAUGUGGGGCUUAUGUGAUGUUUUUGUUUUAACACAGAGACAGCAGAUUGCAAUUAGUUAAUUAGUAAUUGCAAUUAGUUAAUUAGUAAUUGCAGUUAGUCCAAGAUAAUGCGUUUAAUUUCAAAUUUUGUUCAGCUUUUUCAGGGUGCCCUAAUACAGCCAUUGUAUAAUCUUUAAGAAAAGUUGUAUCUGUAAAAUUUAGGAGAUUUAAAACUAUUCUCAUUAAUCUCACAUCUAAAUAAUGAUAGAUCUUUAGAUUUAGCCUUUAUUCGGGUGCACAUUUUUACUUGACUAAAUAAGAAAACAUCUAUUAUUUAACCACAACGUUUUUAGGUUAGCCGUUGGUAACAGAUUAAUAAUUUGAUAAUAUAAUUUAAUAAUAUAUUUUAUCAAUUUGAUUAUUCAUGUUUGUCAAUACUAGGUUAGGUUACAAAGUUAUUUCAACUUGAGUGCAGCCGAGUGCAGUGUCCAAAAUAGAAAAAACAUUUGAUAAUUGACUUUAUCAUUUAAAGAAGGAACUGUCCAGCAGUUUACGCCAAUUUUUGUGAAUAUACAAUGUAAUUUUUCAUGAACAAUUCUCUUUGAUCUCCACGGA